AUCAAAUGGUCAGAGAUCUAUAUGAUUUCCUUUCUUAAAAUACUGAGAGUACAGAUGCAGAGCUUAAUUAUCACAAAUUUAUCCUUAAUAAAACUAGAGUUUCUAAACCAAAUCCAUCUGCUUACAAAAUAGAAGAAAUUCGAUAAAGAAAAAAAAGUUAUGCAUUUGGAUCUUCGACUGAAAGAUCAAAAGAAGAUAUCAAAUUACCUCCAUUAUUGAGCUAUGAAAUUUCGUAUUCUCAAGUAGAUGUCAAUAUUCCUAAAGUCAGAAUUUAAUAAAGAAAUAAUAACCAAUCAAAUACUAGAUUUACCACCGAAUCUAAUAUCAAUAAAGUAAGAUAACCACAAAAAGCGAAAUCUCUUCGUACUGAGAGCACUAAUUAAAGAUAACCGUUGAAAUCAUUUCCAUUAGAAUUCGAAAGACCUAAUGAAUAUUUUCCUACAAAUCCAUUUUAACCUAUGAGCAGCACUGAACUUAAGGAUUUGUUUCAGAGUCUAUUGUAUUUUAUAAUCUUUAAUCAAUAGAUCUAAACAUAGGGUUCGUAAGCCAACUAAUUCCUGGGAUCGAUGA